AGGGGCGGGACGCAGAGCGUAGAGGAGUCGCCGCGGCGGCGGCUGUAACAAGAUGGCGGUGGCGGGCAAAGGAGCGGUGUCUGCGGCGGUGAAGCCGAUCUUCAGCCGGGACCUGGGCGAGGCGAAGCGGCGCGUGAGGGAGCUGUACCGGGCUUGGUACCGCGAGGUGCCCAACACGGUACACCUGUACCAGCUGGACAUCACAGUGAAACAGGGACGUAACAAGGUACGGGAGAUGUUCCUGAAGAAUGCCCACGUUACAGAUCCACGGGUGAUAGACAUGCUGGUUAUUAAGGGAAAAAUGGAUCUUCAAGAAACCAUACAGGUAUGGAAGCAGAGGACUCACAUCAUGAGGUAUUUCCAUGAGACGGAAACCCCACGACCUAAAGACUUUCUGUCCAAAUUCUAUGCGGGCCAUGAUCCCUGAGAGAUUGACUCUGUGUCUUCCUGCCUUGUAUUACAAAUAAAGUCCUAUAUAAUAGAAAAAAAAAAUCCAUACAGAAAGAUUGUAUAGCAUAUUAGGAGCCUAAUGACUAAAUCUGAACCCAGAGUGUGUGUGCAAAUCAUUAUAAUCUGUAUGAAGACCUGUGCUUUCCUGCCUUUUGCCAAUGCGUAUUUUCAGUGGAUGGAGUUUGUCCCAUCACUUGCCCUGGAGUGUCUGCUGAAAAACCACAACACAACCUGGCUGGGCGGCUUUCUGCUUAGCCUGCAGCCCUGUGUGUAGGUGUCUGCUCUGUGGAAGAAAGAGUAGAAGAGUAGGCCUUCAGAGAAACCAGUGCAGUUGCAGAAAUAUUCUUGUGCUUGAGGCCCGCAGUGUUUUUCAAUUUCAUGCUGUGAUUUUGUUGAUUUUUCUUUUUAUUUGGACUAGUCUCUGUUUACUUCCUUGCAGAGAAUGGUGUAAAAGCCAAUAGGCUGAUAAAGCCCUUUGUGCAAUAAAAAGAUCAGCAGAGUCCAUCUCCCUGCUGCAAAAUGAAAUUACCUGGAAAAAUGGGGGGUUGUAUUUUGGUCUAGAAUAGAGAGGCUUUGUAAGAGCUGCUGAUGCCUAGCCUAGAAGAUGGCGUCCUACCAUCACCUCUUUAACUGAAUUCAAU